AUGCAUAAACUUUUACCUCAUAUUAUUAAUCCCAUUCUAUAUAUUAUUCCCAUCCUCAUUGCUGUAGCAUUCUUAACACUGCUUGAACGCAAAAUCUUAAGCUACAUACAACUACGAAAAGGUCCAAACGUAGUGGGACCCCUUGGAUUAUUACAACCCGUUGCUGAUGGCGUAAAACUAUUUAUUAAAGAACCCCUCCGCCCAACACAUGCAUCCCCUAUUCUAUUCAUUAUAGCACCAACCCUAGCCCUCCUACUAGCCCUAAUAAUAUGAGCCCCACUACCAAUACCCCACUCCUUAGCAGAUAUAAACCUAGGCCUUCUAUUCCUAUUAGCUCUUUCAAGUAUAAUAGUUUAUACAAUCUUAUGAUCUGGAUGAGCAUCAAACUCAAAAUAUGCCCUAAUUGGAGCCCUACGAGCUAUUGCACAAACAAUCUCAUAUGAGGUUACCUUGGGCAUCAUUCUUCUCUCUGUUAUUAUGUUUUCCGGCACUUUUACAAUACAUACCCUGUUAACCACACAAGAACACACCUGAUUAAUCUUCCCAUUAUGACCCCUUGCAAUAAUAUGAUUUGUCUCAACCCUAGCAGAGACAAAUCGCGCACCUUUUGACUUAACUGAAGGAGAAUCCGAACUUGUCUCAGGGUUUAACGUCGAAUACGCAGCCGGACCAUUCGCAUUAUUCUUCUUAGCCGAAUACAUAAAUAUUCUAAUAAUAAACACACUAACGUGCAUUUUAUUCUUUAGCCCAACUGCCACAAUACAAAUAGAACUAUUCACAAUAAACCUAAUAAUCAAGACUACAUUACUAACUAUAAUUUUUUUAUGAACUCGAGCCUCAUACCCACGAUUCCGAUAUGAUCAACUAAUACACCUUCUAUGAAAACAGUUUCUCCCUGCCACCUUAGCUUUAUACCUUUGAUAUAUUUCACUUCCAAUUGCACUAUCAGGACUUCCACCAUUAAACUAA